GUUCAACGUUAGCGUUAGAUGGUUAUACGCAAUCGAACACAUCUGGUCGAAGUCGGACCACAUCACGCAUUCAGGCAUUCCCAUUACUUCCCAUCAUGGCUGACCUAGUAUAUCUGCAGAAGAUGAACACAUCAAUAGAUUGGCGGCUCGGGGAAGAUCUAAGGGAUUAAGGUCGUCAAGUUUCUAAAAAAGAAGCAUAUUCAAAAGUCCUUGUAGCGAGGAAACCUCAAUACGGGUCCUGCAAUAUUUGAACUUCCUGAAUGUCCCGAGGAAAAAGUCCAAUCGCUGCUAGUUGACUCAAGUCGGAAGACUCGAAGGCAGAGCGUCUAACUCGGUAUGAUCCUUUGCGUGUGUUUGGCUUGUGGCGUCCUCUCUUCUUCCUGAACUUAUUCAUUCAAAAGUCAGGAUGGCCAGCAUUCGUGGUGUCGCUCGCCUCUCACGUAGCGUCGUCCCUGCUUUCCAUGUAGGACAUCAACGAGCUCAAGAAAUUGCUCUAAGGCGAUGUCUGCAUCAAACGCCAAUUGCACUCAAGAAGAAGCACAAGACUGUGCAGGAGAGCGACGACCUCUUUGCCUCAGAUGACCUUUUUGACGGUGAAGAGGACGACAUGUUCGGCGCAUCUAAUGAUGCAUCCAAGUCCGACGGUACUGUACAACCGGGAAGCAGCAGAGCUAGCUUGAGCCCGGAAGAGCGUCUUAGGCGGUUCAAUAGGCUCUUCAAAUUCGUUUCGGACAGAAUAGGCUUGAAGCCAAAGGUACAUGACGCGCUUCAGGUUCGCAAAACCGAAUGGCAACAUCUGUUUUCGCUGGCCACUACGAAAGAGCAGUUGGAGAAUGUCGUAGAGUUAUUUCCGAAGUGGAGGGAGUCAAGGAGACCUUGGACGACUACUCAUUGCGACACUUUCGUUCGCCGCUGCGAGGAACUUCAUUGUCCAGGUCUAGCCUUGAAGGUUUUCAGCGACCAUUCUAAGUACGGUUUUGACUUGUCCUCAGAGAAGGCUGCUCGCCAACUCCUGCAUUCCCUUCAUGUGGAGCACCCCAUCACCGAUACGAUGACGCUUGUCGCUCUGUACAAAGCCUAUAACCUUCCUCCAAUCUCGAGCGACCUCGUCGCUUGUGCUAUGGUCACUUCGGCUUGCUUUAAGACUGGAAGCCCCGAAUCCUUGACAGUUGCGAAAGCUCUACUACCCAGCUUACGGGAUCUGCUCAAGAAAACGGAUGUCAAAGAGGUGGAAUACCCACAAGAUUGGAAGGAGCGCUUAAAGGCGAAGGAGAAGACGUGGUUAACAUGGUCAUUGAACAAAAUUCAAAUUGCUUUGGAGAAGCAAGGGAUUGAAUCGGAUUGGUUGAAGCAGUGGAGGGAGAGCAGCGGUCAUGCUCAGAUCGCGACAUAAAUUAGAGCUUAGACUAUUAUUGACAUAUACCAUAUGUCUUAGCCUAGCUGAGUGACCGUAAUUUUUCUACCGAUUCACCUUCACCUGAGUGGGGAAAAAACACUUGUGAGAAAUGUGUUGCUCUGUGCCUGCGGGAGCUCUGCAUUCCGAGACUACAUCGGGCGUCUGAAAUCUUACAUUCCCUAUUAGGCA